UCCUUUUCAUUAUCAAAAUGACCGCUCAAGGAAACGCAAAGAUUGCCAUAGAACACGCCUUGAAAGCUCUGCGGAAGCGACGAUUGCUUGAAGAAGGCGCUCAUGCUCCUGCUUUCAUCGCCCUCUCUCAGCCUUUCGCUUCUCAGGGGUCAGAGUGGAAGGAGAAGGCUGAAAACCUUGAAUUGGAACUUCAACAAUGUUACAAAGCUCAAGCACGGUUGUCUGAGCAGCUUGUGGUGGAAGUUGCAGAAUGUAGAGCCUCAAAAGCAAUGGUUCAAGAGAAAGAAGUUGCUAUCACUGAUCUGCAAAACGAAGUUUCACAAUCAAGGGAGGAAUGCUCUCGAUUAAAGGAGGUUUUAGAAGAAAAGAUAGAAGCUCUAGAACUGGUGAUCGAAGAGAACCAGACUCUUAAAGCACAACUAGAAGAGGUUACAACAAAAGCUAAAAAUGCAGAAGCUGAAAACAAGAUGUUGAUUGAUCGUUGGAUGUUGCAAAAGAUGAAGGAUGCUGAACGGCUUAAUGAGGCUAAUGCAUUAUACGAAGACAUGAUGGAUCAGGUCAAGGCUAGCAGCAUACAACAACUUGCACGACUACAAGUUGAUGGUGUAAUCCGCCAAAGUGAAGUAGGUGCCGAGAACUUUGUGGAAUCAACUAUUCCGACUACAUGCAAACACAAGCUUAGUGCUCACACAGGCGGUUGUGGUUCCCUUUUGUUUGAAUACAAUACUGAUAAGUUGAUUACUGGAGGCCAGGACCAGACGGUUAAAAUAUGGGAUACAAAGAGCGGGACACUGAGCAGCACUCUUUAUGGUUGCCUUGGUUCUGUUCUUGAUCUCUCCAUUACUCAUGAUAACAGAUCUGUCAUUGCAGCAAGCAGCUCGAACAACUUGUUUGUGUGGGACGUGGGAUCCGGUCGUGUCCGUCAUACUCUAACAGGCCAUGCAGAUAAGGUCUGUGCUGUCGAUGCAAGCAAAGUUUCUAGCCGCAAUGUAGUGAGUGCUGCUUAUGAUCGAACUAUAAAAGUAUGGGAUCUGCAGAGAGGUUAUUGCAUCAACACCCUCAUCUCAUACAGCAACUGCAAUACUCUUUGCUUCAGCAUGGAUGGUCAAACCAUAUGCUCGGGUCAUGUUGAUGGGAACCUUCGUUUGUGGGAUAUUCAGACAGGAAAGCUAAUCAGUGAAGUUGCUGCUCAUGCACAGCCUGUCACAUCAAUCUCUCUAUCUCAUAGUGGUAGCAUUGUGUUGACUAGUGGGAGGGACAAUUUGCACAAUCUUUUCGACGUGCGGUCUCUAGAAGUUUGUGGCACACUAAGAGCAAAUGGCAACAAAGUGGCAUCCAAUUGGAGCCGUUCAUGCAUCAGUGCUGAUGACAGCUAUGUCGCAGCAGGAUUCUCCGAUGGCUCUGUUUAUGUUUGGUCAAGAUCAGGGGCAGACAUCGUGAGCACUCUAAAGGGACACACUGCUCCCGUUCUUUCAUGUUCAUGGAGUUGGCUAGGAAAGCCCCUAGCAUCUGCUGAUAAGAAUGGAACUGUGUGCAUAUGGACAUGAUGAGUAUCAUUGUCACUGAUUUUUUAUGUUGUAAUAAUGGAUGAGGUUUGCUUGAAUACAUCUCAAUCUAUUACAACAAGAUAUGUCGGGACUCUUUAACUGUUGAAUUUUUACCUUUUUCAAUGACCCAAACCGUAUAUUUGAUAGGGCUCUACUUGGAUGUGCCCAUUGAUUAUAUAAAGGUUAUGAUGACUGUUCA